AUCUUAAUAUAUAAUACUUCAUAUCUCUGCUGUGCACUUACACUGCCUCACUGUUUUCAAUUCCAUUUUUCAAGUAAUUACAACAUUUUCUUCCUUCUGCCAGUUACAGAUUUAUAUCAGUCUUCUUGCAGAAUAUUAAUAUAAACCAAAUCUCUUUCUUUUUCUCUUGAGUCAGUCUUGGCACUAAUGGAGGAAGUGAACAAAGAACUAGGAUAUGGUUGCAAAUCCUCAAGUACAGUAAAUCCAGAAGAUAAUAACAAUGGCGAAAGUGGAAAAACUGAACAAAAGAUGCAGAACUUGGAGAUGGAGACUGAUAAUUCUCCAAAAGGAAACCUUAUGUGCAAAACAAAGUCAUUUAGUGCAAGUUUCUUGAUCAAUAUAGAUGAUCUUGUUGAUAAUGUUUCUACUACUGGAAGCUUUGACAAGACAGGAAAUGCUGCAAUGGGUCAAAGUCCUUCAGAUCAUCAGGAGGACCCAGAUUCUUGCAAGUUGAAGAAAAUGCAGGUUGAACCUACAUUACCUAUAGCUCUCAAGUUUCAAGAAGUGAAAUACAAGGUGUAUUCAGAUAAGUAUGUACUUCAUGGAAUUAGUGGUUCAGCCCACCCAGGUGAGGUUCUAGCUCUUAUGGGACCAUCAGGAGGUGGCAAAACGAGUCUGCUCAAUCUUCUUAGUGGAAGGGUCAAAUUCACCAGUGGUUCUAUAGCUUAUAAUGGUAGACCAUAUACCAAAUCCCUUAAGCGGAGGAUUGGCUUUGUGACACAAGAUGAUGUUCUGUUUCCCCACCUUACAGUUAAAGAAACUCUCACUUAUGCUGCUUUGCUUCGUCUUCCUAAUAUCUUAACUAGAGAACAGAAAAAAGAAAGAGCAAUGAAAGUUAUAACUGAACUAGGCCUUGAAAGGAGCCAAAAUUCAGUAAUUGGUGGCAAGUUUGUGAGAGGAAUAUCUGGAGGUGAGAGAAAAAGGGUCUGCAUUGGUCAUGAAAUUCUCCUGAACCCAUCACUUCUUUUCCUGGAUGAACCUACAUCAGGUCUAGACUCAACAACCGCGCUUCGAAUUGUUCAGAUUCUGCAGAACAUGGCCAAGACUGGCAAAACAAUUGUGACUACAAUACAUCAACCUUCCAGUAGGCUCUUUGGUAAGUUCGACAGGCUCAUUCUAUUGGGAAAAGGAAGUUCCUUGUACUUUGGAAAAGCAUCAGAAGCAAUGUCGUAUUUCUCUUCAAUUGGUUGCCAUCCAGUAAUAGCCAUGAACCCAGCAGAAUUUCUGAUUGACCUGGCAAAUGGAAACAUAAAUGAUAAACCAUUUCCUUCAGAGUUGGAAGAAAAAUUCCUACUCGAAAGUGGAUCAUUAGAGAGAAAAAAGGAAGGACGUUCCUAUACUGAUAUCCAUGAGGUCAAUGAGUAUUAUCUUCUAAAGGCUUAUGAAAAGAAUGUUGAAUCAUCAAUUAAGAAAACAAAAUCUGUACAGGCUAUUACAAUAGACCGUGAGAUGGAGUUUCCUGGAAAGAUGAAUCCAAGGGAAUGGGAAGCAACUUGGGGGGAGCAAUUUUCAGUUCUUGUUAGCAGGAGCUUUAAAGAGAGACGCCAUCAGUACUUCAGUUUUAUGCGCAUAACGCAAGUUGUAGCCACUGCAAUAAUCAUAGGCUUGCUUUGGUGGCAUUCUGGUUCGUCCCUUCAGCAGGCUGAAGAUCAGGCAGGGCUGUUAUUCUUUAUUUCAGUAUUUUGGGGGUUCUUUCCUCUAUUUACUGCAAUAUUCACGUUCCCACAAGAAAAAGUUAUGCUAGCUAAAGAAAGAGCAGUUGGAAUGUACAGACUCAGCGCAUACUUCGCUGCAAGAAACAUUAGCGAUCUUCCUUUGGAUCUAAUACUGCCAACAAUAUUCCUUGUCACAGUAUAUUUCAUGGUUGGUUUAAAAUUAAGCUUUGCUGCGUUUUCUUUGACAAUGCUUACCGUUUUUCUAAGCAUUGUAGCUGCUCAGGGUCUUGGACUCACUAUAGGUGCAGCAUUUAUGGAUAUAAAGAAAGCAACAACACUAGCUUCAAUCACUAUUAUGACUUUUAUGUUAUCUGGCGGAUUCUUUCUUCAGGAAGUUCCAUCCUUUAUGUCAUGGGUACGCUACAUUUCUUUCAACUAUCACACUUACAGGUUACUGUUGAGGAUACAGUAUCCUUGUUCAUCAGAUUCAGAUUCUGAACCAAGUUACUGUCAAUCUCCUUUUAUCACCAACUUAAGACUAGAUCGCGGUGCAAAAGAAGUGGUGGCGAUGAUGGUGAUGAUAGUUGCAUAUCGCUUGCUAGCAUACGUAUUUCUAAGGAAAAUGAAAUUAAGCAAAAUGGCUUAGAUACAGUUGUUUAUGUAAUUUAACAGUGUUUUUGGGAUUUUCUACGAGUAUUCCCAGAGUGUUUAGGGGUUCAUAGCUGCGCGUCUCAUAAUUUAAUAGUGUUUCUAAAAUAUAUUUGCUUAUCCUUGAUUUGGUGUCAACUUUCAAAGUUAAUUAUCUUGAAUUGAAGUCCUAAAAUGUUGGAACUUCC